UUCCUACAGAGCGUCGCCUAGGUGAUGGCGCAGCGUGGUGACGUCUUGGGUUGCCAAGGUAAUGAUGGCGGAGCAGGACGCUGAGAGUGUGCGGACCGAGUCUCAGGGCGGAGAGGAGCUAUAUGUGACCGAGUUCAGCAGGGAACAGCUGCUGGAGGUGACCCGACUUGUCAGCGAUGCCUUGUCUACACUCAAAGCUGAAACAGAGAUGUUUGAGAAGUUCUACAAGCGGCUGGACCCCAAGGACCUGUCACCGGUGGCAGUCUCUGAGGUCGGAGUAUCCACCUUAGACUUUAACCAGAUGCGAAACCGCCGCAGGUCAAAGUCUCGCAGUACGAUCUCUGAGCGUUUGCUGAGUCUGAGUGUUGAUCAGAAGCUGGAGCUGGUGCUACGGGAAAUGGAAGAUUCCAAAGAGGAGGCGCAGCGGGACGCCGAGAUCGCAGAUCGGAUCCUGCAGAGUUUUAAGGCCACGAUGGAGGAAGCUGAGAUUCGCAGCUCGGAAAUUAGGAAAGCCAUGUACGAGUUUGAUCGAGACAUCGGGAAGGCAGCUAUAAGCAAAAAAAAAGGUGGAGGAGUUAACCCGGAAAAGGUUCUCCGCUACGUGGAGGAGAAGACAAGGGCAAGGGACAGCUUGGUAGACAAGUUACGACUGAAGAAUGCUGCUUUGAAGAUCCAGAAAAAGAAGCUGCAGAUGCAACUGAAGCAGAAGGAGGAGAUGGGUGAAGUUCUGAAUGAGGUGGAUUUCCAGCAGCUCAAGAUAGAAAAUGCCCAAUUUCUGGAGAGAAUCGAUAAGCGGAAUCAGAAUCUUCUGCAGCUGAAGCUGAACGCAGGAGAGACAUUACAGGUUCUCAACUCCUACAAAAAGAAGCUUCACCACACCACAACAGAGUCCACUUAUCUAAGAAAAGAGAUCUCCACCAGAAACGACAUGCUGCAACGGAUCGAACAGGAAACACAGCAAGUAGAGCAGGAACGGGCCAAGGCUGAAAGUCUGAAUAAGAAGCUUAGGAAACAGCUGAGUGACUAUCGUGUCCCAGAUGUCCUAGACUACGUCCAUGAGAAGAUGGAACAGGAAGAGCUGGAGAAAACUAUCAGAGCGUGGGAGAGAAAGGUGGAGAUUGCCGAGCUCUCUCUGAAGACGCAGCGCCGGUCCUGGGAGCAGCUGAAGGCAGCCAAUGUGAUGUAGAGUCGUUUCUGGUCUGCUGGGCAUAUGCCACCUGCUGUUGACCUUCGGCUUGACUGAGGACAAGUUAUGAUCUAAAUAAACGCUUUGUCACGCUA